AUGUCGGACGAGCCUCGCAAACGAUCUCGCUUCGACCAGACCGAGUCGGAUGCGCGCCCUUCUCGCUUCGACCGUCGUUCGCGCUCGCCCAGAAACAGAACCUCAGAGCCCCGUCAACGCAGUCGCAGUCCCGUCUCUGGCACGAACAGUCCUGCUUCAAGAGAUCCUGCUGCUGCUGCUGCCGCCGCCGCCGCAAAAAUCAAUGCUCAGAUCCAAGCUCGCAAGGGCAUCCAGCAUGUCGACGUUCCCCCGAUCCGUUCUACCGAAAGCCCUUCCGCCGCUGGAACCCAGUCUCCUGCCGCUGGCGGCUUGAACGCUGACAUUUACACCCAAGAUGGUGAUUUCAUUCGCGACAUCGAGGUCAACGAUCUGCGCAACCGCUACACCCUGACCAAGGGCUCUACUCAGAAAAUGAUUAAAGAAAAGACUGGCGCCGAUGUUACCACUAGAGGAAGCUACUACCCUGACAAGGCCAUGGCAACCGCUGCCAACCCUCCGCUUUACCUUCACGUUACCAGCACCACUAGAGACGGUCUCGAGAAGGCUGUGGCUGAGAUUGAAGAGCUAAUGAAGCAGGACCUACCCAAUCUCGUAGACGAGAGACGUUUCCGUCGCAGAGAGCCAGAACAGGUCGAGAGAGAUUCCAUGGGUCGUCGCAAAUGGCCAGAGGAGAAGAUCCCUGUGGAUCUCGAGCCAAUUCCUGGUUUCAACCUUCGUGCCCAAGUCGUAGGCCAAGGCGGCUCCUAUGUCAAACACAUUCAGCAGGAGACUCGAUGCCGUGUCCAAAUCAAAGGCCGUGGAUCUGGUUUCAUGGAACACGAUACCGGACACGAGAGUGAUGAGUCCAUGUAUCUGCAUGUCGCUGGCCCUGACCCCAACGAGGUUCAGCGUGCCAAAGAGCUCUGUCUCGAUCUCUUGGCCAAUGUUCGUACCCAAUACGAGCAGUUCAAGGAGCGCGGUCCUCGUGGCGGCAGAGGUGGAGGCGGUGGCGGCGACGAUUAUGGCGACCGUGGACACCGUGGUGGCUAUGGCGACCGUGAUCGCAACAGCAGCUAUGGAGGCGGAUAUGGAGGCGGCAGAGACGGCGGUCGAGAUGGCGGCUAUGGCGGAGGAUAUGGAGGUGGUUAUGGAGGCGCUGCCUCGCCCACAGCCGCUCACACCGGAGCUGCAGCAAUGAGUCCCGGCGCCGCUGCCACACCUGACUACGCUCAAGCCUAUGCCCAGUACUACCAACAGAAUGGUGGACAGGACCCAUACGCUGCGUACGGAGGAUAUGAAGCCUACACAAGAAUGUACUGGCAGUAUUACCAGCAACAACAGGGCGGUGUCCCAGGCGCCGAACAGACAUCUGCCUACGACAACAGCGCAGCUCCUCCCCCACCUCCCUCUGAGGCUCCUCCGCCACCAGCAGACAAUGAGGCUCCUCCUCCGCCACCACCCAGUGGUUACAACUCUAUGCCACCACCUCCAGGAAUGUGA